AUACUUUCUUUUUCUUCUCUUUUCUUUUUCUAUUCUUAAGAGAGAGAGAAAACACAAAAACAAACAAAGCGAAUAACUUUAUUUAUAUUUACCUAAAAUGGUUUCUUUAUGGUGGGGCCAAAGUGCUCUUGAUGAGAUGAUUGAGAAAGCAACUUCGGAGUUGUUACCUGUAGGCCAAGAAGACCUUGGCUUCCAUCUCGAAAUUAGUGAUCAAUUGCGCAGUAAACGGGUCAAUGCUAAAGAUUGUAUGCAUGCUCUCAAAAGACGAUUGGGUCACAAGAAUCCUAAUGUUCAACUUGCAACUUUAUCUUUAACUGACACAUGCGUAAAAAAUGGAGGUGACCAGUUUGUGAGAGAGGUUGCCAGUAUGGAGUUUAUGGAUGAAAUGGUCAAGCUAGUGGCCCAUUCUUCAACCCAGAACCCAGAUGUUACCGAAAAGGCGCUGUCUAUCAUUCAAACCUGGGGCCUUGCAGCCCGGGGAAACCCUUCGCUGAGUUACAUGGCAGAUACCUACAACCUCCUCAAGGCAAAAGGUUACAAAUUCCCUGCUAUUAAUGAAGCUAUCAAUUCCUCACUUCUUGAAACAGCCGCGGCACCUGAGUGGACAGACUCUGAUGUCUGUGAGCGAUGCAGAACUCCAUUUACUCUUACUAACCGAAAGCAUCAUUGCCGCCAGUGCGGUCAUACAUUCUGCAACCAAUGUUCUUCAAAGACUAUGCCACUUUUGCACUUAGCAAUUGAGGAAGAAGUGCGUGUAUGCGAUGGUUGCUACAUCAAACUCAAAUUAGCCAAGGUUUCCAAGAAAGAUGUCGCCUGGGCCAAUAAUAAUACUUCUAUAAUUUCUUCACCUUCUCCUGUUGCUGCUGCUGCUGUUGCUGCUGUUCCUUCUAACAGCCAGAAUCAUGCAAAUGGAACACCUUCUGGAGAAGAUGAUCUGGAUGAAGACAUGAAACGAGCAAUCGAAUUAUCGCUUAAGGAAGAAGAACAGCGUAAGAACGGCUACGGUGCAGGAUAUGUAGCUACACAAAAGCCCUCGGCUGAACCAGCUCAGCGCGAACAGCAACGGCAGUCAAAUGAUCAGAAUGAAGAGGAGGAAGAUCCAGAGUUGGCGGCUGCGAUUGCUGCGUCUUUACGAGAACUCCAGCUUUCAGCUCCUCCUCCGACACAGCCUGGAUAUCAACCAUCAUCUCGAGAAAUCAAUAGCAAUGAUCUGACACCAGUAGAGAUGGAAAACGUGCAGCUUUUCUCUACAUUGAUGGAACGUGUGCAUGCGUCUGGCGGUGAUGUAUCAAAUGAUCCUCAGGUCAACCGACUAUAUGAGCAGAUUGGUGCUCUCCAACCCAAGUUGAUCAAAAGUCUUGACGAGACCAUACACAAACACCGCACCUUUGUAUCCAUGCAUGAAAAACUCGCCAUGGCUGUCAAGUCAUACGAUAGGUUGUUGGAGGAACGAGUAUCUGGCGCCAAUGCCCGUUCAGAAAUGAACCAAGCAUCUGCAUAUUCUUAUUACCCUCCUAUGCAAUCCAAUGGGUCAUAUUCUUCUGACCCCAAUGGAUACCCUGCUCAGCAACAGCAACAGCAACAGCAACAAAGAGGCUAUUAUCCUUAUCCUGAAACAACACAGCCAGCAACUUCAGCUCCUGAAGCCACUCAAUAUUACCCCUCAGAACCUUAUUACCAGACACAACAACCUUCUCAAAGCUUCCCACAGCAACCUUACUAUGAAGCUCAAAACUACCCUCAACAACAUCCUCAGCAACAUCCUCAGCAAUCCUACCCUCCUUACGAACAAGCAAGCCAACAUCUACAGCAGCCUAAACAACCUGUAGAAGAAGCACCUCUUAUCGAUCUAUAAUUCUAUAUAUUUUUUUGCUUGUUACUCAUAUAUAUAUUUAAUUUUUUCUUUUUUUUUUU